UAUUGUAACGUUUUUGACUAGAAUUUUCUACCGGCAAGUAGAUCGCUCACGCAAAUAAAUAUGUGAAACUCAUAUAUUUAUAAUUGUUUAUUUUUUCGUUUAAAAUUUUUGAACAUAAAAAGUUACAAUUGUCAUAUUUAAUUAACAUAAUUUAAUUAUCACUACGUACUUUCGCGAUUAUUAUUUAUAAUUAUUUUUAUUUUAUAAAAUAUAUAACAUAUAUAGGUUUUGUUUACUCAAAUAUUUACAUUUUAUCCCAGUAGAUGACAGUAUUGUUGCGCAGCAUCAGCGCGCAUGCGCUAAUAUUUAAAAUUAAAAAUUAUUUAACAAAUAAAGUGCAGGACAUUUUAAAUUUUUUAUUGAAAUUUAAAAUUAAAUAAUAAAUUAGCAAAUAUUUAUUUUAAUUCAAAUUAAUUAAUCAGUUGUAUUUAACCAACAUCCAGUCUUAAUAUAAUCAAAUUCAAGAAAAUCAGAUAGUGGAUUACUGAGUUCCAAGUCGAGGAUGUCGUCGUUUGUUUUUAAAGAACCGAAUCAAAGAAAAUCAAAUGAUCAUCAAUUAUUGAGUUCCAAGUCAAGGAUGUCAUCGUUUGCUUUCAAAGAACCGAAUAAAAAAAAAUCGGACGGUCAUCAAUUAUUGAGUUCCAAGUCAAGGAUGUCAUCAUUUGCUUUCAAAGAACCGAAUCAAAGAAAAUUGAGUGAUCAAUCAUUGAGUUCCAAUUCGAGGAUGUCAUCAUUCUGUGGUUCAUGGCCAGAGAAUUUAAAUAAUACAUCAACUGGGUCUUCAUCCAAUGGAAAAUCACCUAGAACUUUAAAUGAUAAUUUAAAGACAAAUAAUAAUGCGAUACCAGACGCUGAUGAUAACUCACCUGGAAUCGCUGAAUCUGAUGAUAAUAAUCCAGUAGAUUUGGAUGUCACUCCACCAGUUGGUGAUUUAUUUGAUGACGAAGAAGAAUCAGAUCUGGAUGUUACUCCACCAGUUGGCGAUUUAUUUGAUGGAGAAUCAGACUCAGAUGAUCUGGAUGUCACUCCACCAGUUGGUGAUCUACCUGAUGAUGACGUCACUCCACCAGUCAGUCCAUCAAAUGACUCUGCAGCUUCUGAGGAUUCGUCAGAUUCAAUCGAUCUGGAAGAUAUCACUCCGCCAGUCAGUCCAUCAGAUAAUUUUGGUGAAGAAGAAGACAAUCCAGCAUUUGACACAUGGAAGAUAACUAAUUCUGAGGGAGUCGUCCUCAGGACAGGUGAUGACAAUCAGAAUGGAGAUGAUCCACAACAACCUUCAGGAUCUUCACGAGUUUUUCAUGUAUUGCCUGGAGAUGAUCAAGUAAAUCUUACGUUAUCUUUGUGAUGUUAAUUAAUUCAACUCAUGAUAAAUUUAAUUAUUUAAUAUAACUUUAAUUGUAAAUAGAUAAGUAAUUUAUAAUCUUUGACUAAGAUUUCAAUCAGUAACUAACUUUUUUCAUUUUUUAAUUUAUGUAUCAAAUUACACGAAAUUGAUAUUUAGUUUAAUUCAAAUAUUUUUAUUAAUUUUCUUUAUUAUUAAAAAAAAAAAUAGGAAUUUCUAUUUUAAAUAAUUUGUAAGGUAAACUGUAAACUCCAAAAACUAGCUCUAAUAAUUACUUUUUAUAUAUCUACCAGCCACAAACAUUCAGAUUUUUUUUACAGAUUCUAGAAUAAUUUAAUCUAAUUUAAUUUUGAUGUUUAAUAUUAGAAAAUUUAGAAAAUUAGACAAGUAAAUUUGCAACAUAAGCCAGCUCUUGUACAAUUUUCCAUUAUAAUUCAGUAGAUUUUAAAUAACUGAUUGACCAAUAAAUCAUCUGGUCAAUAAAUAAUUGUCUCUUAUAAUUUUUAUGUAAAGGCUCUGGGCUACUGGCAAUCAGAUACUUAAUUCUAAUAGCGAUUAAAUUAAAAAAAAAAUAAUAAUUGUAAACUUUAAUAUUUACAAAAAAUUAUUUAAUAUCAUGUACAUAUAAUUAAAUAAAUAAUUAUAAUAAACUCAAUAUAUAAAUGAUGUAAUAAAUUAUAUCCCUUCUCUAUCUUAAGAUUUUAAUUAAAUAUGUAAUUAAUUUAAUUAUACAAUUAUGUACUAAAUUUUAAUAUUUUAUCAGUCAAAUUCUCG